AUGGCAUCAACGCUUCACGUUCCAAGACCAAGGUCUGUAGCAAGUUCCGUAAAAAGCGUAAAAAGUGCUAGAAGUAUAAGAAGUACAAGUCCAACUUCUUCUAAUGGUAAUAAUAAAGAUGAAAAAGAUGCUUUAAGACCUUAUGUUGAUGCAAUAGCUAAAAUGUUUAUAAGAAUAAGAGAAAAAGGAUAUAAUUUUUCAGCAGUAAGUGAUAUAAUUGAAGAAGAAAUAAGAUUACAAAAACAUGAAGAAACACAAAUAUUUUCAUGGUUAUCAAAGAAUCAAAAUUCAGCACAAAAUACAACUUUACUUGGAUUUUUUUAUUUUCAAGGAACAGGAACACCGAUUGAUAAAAGAAAAGGAUUUUCAUUAUUUCUUACUGCAGCGAAAAUGGAUUUUUUUGUUGCACAGGAUUUAGUUGCAGAUUGUUAUGGAUUCGGACUUGGAACAUCAAAAAAUGAAGAUUUAAGUUUUAUGUGGUAUCAAAAAGCAUCACUGAAUGGAAGUGUUGAUGGGCAAUUUGGGCUUGGAUAUUGUUAUGAAGCAGGAAUAGGUACUUCAAAGAGUAUUUCUAAAGCAUUUCAGUUAUAUAGAAGGUCAGCAAAAAAAGAAAAUAGGUCAGCUAUGUUUAUGUUGGCACAAUGUUAUGAACGAGGAAUGGGUACAACAAAGGAUUUGGAACAGGCAAUUCACUGGUAUAGAAAGGCUAAAGAAAGUGGAAAUAGUGAUGCAGAAGAACCGUUAGCCGAAUUAUUAUUACAAACUACAAACUCUGAUUAA